UUUCGCGACGAGUACGAGUGCUGAGCGCAGCGAAAGUAUGAUACGGUCGAUUAACGAUCGUGACAUUCGCGAAUGUUGCCGCAUCGCACUCGUGCGUGUUCGCUUUCCCUCCCGUGUAACUGUGAUCGGUAAACGGUAUCGAAUCGAUCGAUAAACUGCAUCGACAGCGACUCGGUUGGUUCGGUCACGUCGACGAAAGCUACGGAAAGCUGCUGGCUACUCCGAUGACUCGCGCUGCCUACGUUCAACUCCAACGUUAUAUACGUCGUAACCGUACAACACUGACAGCUCGUGGCUACUUUCACACACGUGUACGUCGCGCGCGCGCGCGCAUUGGUACGUCAUAAGAACCGUGGACACGCCGUUGCACGGUUCAGACAGUGUCUUGGGAUAGCGCGUAUUGCACGUAUAUCGCGGGUAUAUAUCUGUCUACUCAACGAGAGUGACAUUCCGCUCCUACCUAUCGAUACUCGUCUAUCAAUUUUUCACCAUCUGUCUCUCCGUCUCUUUCCGUUUGCCUUCUGUUCGCGUGGUCUCUACAUACGUGGUGGGCGAGCAACCUUGAUAAUAUGUGCGGAAUUUUUGCUUAUCUAAACUAUUUGACACCGAAGAGUAGAAAGGAGAUUUUGGAACUGUUGGUUGUUGGUCUAAAGAGAUUAGAAUAUCGUGGAUAUGAUUCUGCAGGCGUUGCUCUCGACAGUGCGGAUGGCAAGGACAUUGCGAUUAUUAAGAAGCAGGGGAAGGUCAAGGCUCUCGAGGAGGAGAUAUUUUGUCGCACCAAUCUCGACUUCGAGUCGGAAACUCAAUAUCACGUCGGUAUCGCUCACACUCGAUGGGCGACCCACGGUGUUCCAUCGGAGGUAAAUGCCCAUCCUCAGCGUUCCGAUGGCGAACACGCCUUUGUCGUUGUUCAUAAUGGUAUCGUGACGAAUUAUAAGGAAGUGAAAACUCUGCUGCAGCAAAGAGGAUACGUGUUCGAAAGUGAUACCGAUACCGAAGUUAUCGCCAAAUUGAUUCACCAUCUCUGGGUACAGCAUCCCGCCUAUUCGUUCCGUGAACUCGUCGAGCAGGUUGUUCAGCAAUUGGAAGGAGCCUUCGCGCUAUGUUUCAAAAGCAAGUAUUUCCCGGGCGAGUGCGUAGCUACGAGGCGAGGCUCGCCGCUUCUCGUUGGUAUCAAGACGAAAACGAGAUUGGCUACCGAUCACGUGCCUAUUCUCUACGGAAAAGAUGAUCUUCAAUGCGCAAUAAAUAAAGAAGGUGAAGCACCGUCUCAAGCGCUUAGCCAUCUUUCCGACUUUUACGGAUAUAGACGGAUGGAUGGAUGUUGGACGGUAUCGUGCUACGCUUCCCAUCAUCGUCCGCAUGGCAGAAAUCCAGAACUUCCGGUGAUACCGCGUAGCGAGAGCACAUCCGAGUUUCAGCCUCUCGAGGAUAAGGAGGUCGAAUAUUUCUUUGCUUCCGAUGCGAGCGCUAUAAUCGAGCACACGAAUCGCGUGAUAUUCUUAGAGGACGACGACGUGGCGGCCGUUAAAGAAGGCGCGCUAAGUAUUCAUCGUCUUCGUCGUUGCAUGGACGAUCCUCAUGCUCGCGAGAUCACGACACUCAAGAUGGAGAUUCAGCAGAUCAUGAAGGGUAAUUACGACUAUUUUAUGCAGAAAGAGAUUUUCGAGCAGCCGGAGUCGGUGGUGAACACCAUGAGGGGACGCUUGAAUUUUCAAGACAACUCGGUCACCCUAGGCGGAAUUAAAGAUUACAUUCCCGAGAUCAAACGAUGCAGACGUCUCAUGUUAAUCGGUUGCGGCACGAGCUACCAUUCUGCCGUAGCUACGCGACAGCUUCUCGAGGAACUGACGGAAUUGCCAGUGAUGGUUGAACUCGCAUCCGACUUUUUGGAUCGUAAUACGCCAGUCUUUAGAGAUGACGUCUGCUUCUUUAUCUCUCAAUCGGGUGAGACAGCUGAUACGCUAAUGGCACUACGUUAUUGCAAAAGUCGCGGAGCUCUUAUCGUCGGUAUAACCAACACGGUCGGUAGUAGUAUCUGUCGCGAAUCUCAUUGCGGGGUACACAUCAACGCUGGUCCCGAGAUCGGUGUAGCGAGUACUAAGGCUUACACCUCGCAAUUCAUAUCUCUCGUCAUGUUUGCCCUGGUAAUGAGCGAGGACAGAAUCUCUCUUCGUGCGAGACGCUUACAAAUUAUCCAAGGUUUAAAAAAUCUCGAUAAUCUCAUUCGCGAAGUAUUGAAGCUCGACAAUAAGGUUAAGGAGUUGGCCAAAUCUUUGUUUCAACACAAGUCGCUAUUGAUCAUGGGUCGCGGAUAUAAUUUCGCUACAUGCAUGGAAGGUGCACUCAAAGUCAAAGAAUUGACGUACAUGCACAGCGAGGGAAUUAUGGCUGGUGAAUUGAAACAUGGUCCAUUAGCUCUCGUGGACGAUUCUAUGCCAGUAAUUAUGAUUGUAAUGAGAGAUCCAGUGUACGUGAAAUGCAUGAAUGCACUUCAGCAAGUUACCGCGCGAGACGGUAAGCCCAUUGUUAUCUGUGAGGAAGGAGACGAAGAAACGAAGGCUUUUGCCGAUAGAGCUCUCGAGAUACCCAAAACUGUUGAUUGUCUGCAAGGAAUUCUCACCGUUAUUCCUAUGCAAUUAUUGUCUUUUCAUAUCGCGGUUUUGCGUGGUUGCAACAUCGAUUGUCCGAGAAACUUGGCCAAGUCGGUCACGGUCGAGUAGAGAUCGAACGGAUUGUUUUAUGCAUUUUUUUGGGGGGGAACUACAAGUUCGUUAACGUGGUUGCUACAAAAUUUUCUCAUAGAAUGAUAAAACGCAAAUCACAGAUACCAGAUGAAUGAUUAUAAAUAUCGAGCAGUUAAUAACGUGACUCAUUCAAUUACUAAUUGAAUAAAACAAUACGUUUUUAGGCAACAGUACGUUUUUAUCUUUUAAAUCUCAUUAAACUCGUUUAGAUUGUGUCGAUUGACUAUUCAUGAUUGAAAUUUAUGAUAAUUGUGAUAACGCUCGAUAAUCUAUUUUAUUAAAUGCGAAAAGAUUGUAAUAGAAAUCUAAUCAUCGAUGCGUAUGUUGCCAGCUUUUUUUUCAAACGAAUGACAAAUCGGCCUAAAGUUCAUUUUUCGCUGUGUAUCUACAAACGUCGUGCACGGUGCUCUUUUACGAGAAGUGAUAAGGAAGACUUUCCAGACGUACAUAUAUGAUUCUGAUGCAUUUAACAUUUAUAUGUUUUAAUUUGUAUAACCUAUAGAUUUUUAGUUUUUAAAUAUAAUGAUAAAUUUAUUGAUACUUUUUAUUCGAUGAUAUAUAGCGUGAUUUGUUCGCCGAUCGAGUUAAAAUCAAGACGCGAUAGACAUUCUCAUUUUCGAUAGCAAUUAUACGAUGGAUGAUAUAACGCACGAUAUAAGAAUCAUGCGUAAGUAUGCGAUAAAUAUUAUAUAAAAAUGUUGAAACGGCAUUCUUUCGAACAGGAUAACUUUUCCAUCUUUCUACAAAAAAGCCACACAUACAAGAUGACGAGGAUUGUUGUCUGGCAAUCUUUGUAUCAUACCCAAUACGAAAAUAUGUAAUAGUGGCCAUAGCAAAUAUAUAAUAGCAUUCCUAGGACACGUCUUUAUGAUAAUACUUAGUAAAAUUAAUCAAAAGAUAUAUAUAAUUACAACUUGGUUUAUAUACAAUAAAUUUUUCCUUUUUAGUAUUUCUUCGAAACAGUUUAUCACACACUCUUCGACCUUAUCCUGAUUUAAGAUAAUGUAGGUAAGACAUUAAAUUUCGAUAUUUAUAGUCCUGAAUAAUUUUUAAUCUUUCAAAGUAUAAUUAAUUACAGAUUUAUUCAUACUUUUAUUCAUCUUUUUUUUUUCAAUCGAAGAUUGAAAAUGAUUUAUGACUAUGAAUAUCGGCCCAAGUAAUUUUAAGUAAAAUAUGUGUAAGCUAUUUAUACACGUAUAUAUGUAUCUCUAAUCUUAUAAUUUUCAUCGCUACCCUACAAAUUACGUAAAGUAUUCUUUAGAAAAAGAAGCAGAUAGAAAUAUUAAGAUGGAAUUUACGCGCGCUUUGGCGCGUUACGGUGUAAUUAUUAUUUUAUUUGGACCUAUGUUAAGACGAGCAUCUGUUAAAAUAUCAUAAAAAUGUGAAAUAGUACAGUAGGAAAAUAUAAAUUGAAAAUGCACAUCAAAA